CGCUGUACAACCAUCGUCUGCCUUUUUCGGCUGCUCAAUCAGGAGAGAUGAAGUGGGCAUCUUCUCUUUCCGUCCUUUGCCGUCUGCUCCUCCUUGCCACCGCAACAUGUCAGCGGACACAGAGUGCCAAGACAGACAUCGACUCCGCGAUGCGAAGCAUCGAGGACCUGCUUGGCAAAGUCAACACGCUGCUCGUACGCACCGCUCAGGCCAAGGCCGGAUCACACGGUGCUCACCACACGACUGCACGACAUUCCCGAGACGCAGGCCUGUCAGCGAACGGCUCUUCGAGCGACGGCGGCGUGCGAGGUUGUCCAGUCAUCAGCACGGUGCCCCUCCAGCCCAGACGUGACGGCUCAGUCGACUUCUCGUCCGCUCCCACAGAGGCCAUUGCCGCAGACAGCGAACGCUACAUCGCCCUGCAACUGGUACGUACGCACGGAUACACUCACGAAGUUCUGUCCGUCGCCUGUCUGUCUGUCUGUGCCUGUGUGUUUGACUGCGUGCAGGGCCGGGCCAAGAUGAUGGGCUUCACUGAGGUCAUUCUUGCAGUCAACUCGCGGAAGGGUGACGCUGACGUGCUCGUGCAGUCCCACAAUGGGUAGGAACUCUCAGACAGACAGACAGACAGACGAUGAUUGCCCUCGCACUCACCCGUGCGUCUGUUUGCAUUGCAAUGCACCUUGCGCGCAUCCCUCCCUUCCUUUGUGUGGUGUGUGUCACUCACUCACCUAUUCACCGCAUGGCAUGCAGGACGGUGUAUGGGCGAUCCAAUGCCAAGUCUGACGGUGACGAUUCGGUGUAUGAAGACUACGUGGUUGUCCCGGCCGCUCACGGGGUGACCGCUCACGCGUUCAUCGUCCCCGUCAACAACACAGACGCACAAGUGGUCAGCAUACCAGCCAGCCAGCCUGCCUGCCUGCUAUGUAUGUAACACUUUAUCCAUGAUAUAGACGGUUUUGAUGUCGUUCCGCAAGGAUGGCGCCUGUGUUGUGCCCUUCAAGAUCGCCGGCCUCGACAAGUCCGUGACCGACCCCUCAGUCAUCGACCUGAAGGAAAACGCAGCGCCGCGACCGGUGGCCGACAAACGUCUUCACGCCGGGGCGGCCCCUCCUCACUCUGAGUCUCCCCGUCACCCUCCCGGCGCCAUGCCCACCUUCGCCGCCUACAAGCAGCUUCCCGGCCUCCCUGAGGGGCAGGCAGACAUGGCCAAGCGAUUGAUCGACGGCAUCCGCCAAGGCAACGACACGGCCGGGGCGUUUGAGAGCAGCGGUCUCGACCCGUGGGAGUAUCGACUCGCAAAGAACGUUUCUGUGGGCAACCUGUGGAAGGCAAAGGUAUGAGAGAGAGAGUGUGUGUGUGAGGGUGUAAAGCGUGCGCGGUGGAUGGAUGCGGUGCGCUCUCUGCAGGACGUCUCUGACUUCGAGCAAUACUACUAGUGGGUGGCGCAUGUGCGCACACAGCACACAGAAGGCUGGCUGACGAAGAUGCGUGUGUGAGCGUGCUGCAGCUAUUACUAUUACUAUUAUCCGCCGUAUUAUUAUCCGCCGUACUAUCCGCCGUAUUACCCGUAUUACCCGGGUAUACACACACACACACACACGCGCGCGCGCGCGCACACACAACGAGACGGGCCAUCCAUCCAUCCAUCCGUCCAUCCAUUCACUGCUUUCUUGUGUUGACACAGAUUACACGUACGUUCAGUAUGGCAACAACAUCUAUAAGUGCUAUUACUACAGCAAUACGUGCGUGCUCGUCAACUAUAUAUAUAACCCGAUCCUGUAAGAAACGACCGACAGUCAGAGGGCAUCGAAUCCAUCGAUCGCACACGUGCUUGUUGCUGUGUCCGUCCCGUCCCGCCCCCAGUCCCACUCCUGAGCCCAUAUAUGACCCCAUAGUCUACCCCCCUUAUCCUACCCCCUACCCCCCUUAGUAUGUCAUGGGGAAAGAAACCGCGCUCUUAGGUCUACAUCGGCUGUCUGUAUGGAUUGCUCAUCGAUUCUUGCUGGGUUUGUGGAUGAAUGUGCGUGUGGUCAGCUACUAUGGAAGCAACGGCGACCAGAACGUCUGAUACAGAGCUGUCUGUAUAUGACCCGCCAUACUCGUGAGCAACUUAAUGCAUACGUAGGCAGUCAUUCUCCUCUCCUCUCCUCUUCGCUUGCCUUGCCUUGCCUUGCCUGUCUGUCUGUCUGUCUGUCUGCAGGUAUCCCUCCCUACUUGUGAGCACCGCAGGCCACGAUACACACGCACUCACACCAGAGACAUCACUGAUACAAAACACACACAUGCAUCACCUAUGUCUCACCGUCUUGUCUGUCUCUCCCGUGUGCAGUUGUGUGUGUGGUCCUGCCUGCAGUGAUAUGUGGUGGGUCUGUCUGCCUGCCUGUCUGGCUGCAUGCCUGCCUGUUGGGGCCGCCCGGCAGUCCUAAGGCCUGACCGAGGCGAUAUGGUGCGGCCUGACCGAGCAAACAGACGCCGCCUGUUUGCUCAUCCAUCCAUAUUUGUAAGUAACACGUGUGUGUGGCGUGCACCUUCCUUCUCUAUCGCAGUGUGCAAGCAUUGCCUUUGUUUAUCUAUCGACGCCCCGUGGAUAUAUUGAAAGGCGUACGUACUCACUUGUGUGCAUGUGUCUUAAGUCGGCGUGCUGAGCUACGUACGGGUUCUUGAGUGCUUAUAGGUAUGCAUGUAGGCGUGCGCAUAUAUAGUUGCCUGAUUCGUUUAGGGAAGUUGACUGACGUCUCUCUCCAGCUAACUACGUAGACUGCAGGCCUGCCUGCCUGGGCGGGAAGGGAAGAGGGGUGCAUGUGUGUCUGUACAGAUGCCACGCCCAGCCUUGAGUUAGCAGAGAGAGUACACGUGUGUGUGUGUGUGUAUGUGUGUUGGUUAGUGGGAAUUGAUUGCAUGGCUGCAUGUGUGUGGGGUAUAUGCAUUUGCAUACGCUGACUGACUGAGGGGUUUUCCUCCCGACAUGCAGUGGGAACAUAAGUGAC